AUGGAGCAGAACGUCUCGAUUACAGGGGCUUUGCAGGAGGCUGCGGGCAUUGAUGAUCGAUCGGUCCUCUUCGUCCCACUCCUCUUUGCGGUAUAUCUGGGGACGGUUUGUCUCGGCACAGCAAUCGUGGCGGCCCACACAGCAAGGGCCAGAAAGGCGCGGAAAGCCCGAGAAGCCAGGGAAGAAGCCCAGCCGGUGGCCGCAACCGUGCUGGGCAAUCCCAGUCCCACAGAUGCAGACACGCUACUGAGCCCGCGCCCAGCGAGGACAGUGACAGGUACCCGGGUCUGGGCAUGUCUGAGCCGCCAAAGGGCGGUCCAGAUCUGCUUCUCUUGCACAUACCUGAUUUGCAUGAUUGCCACGGUGGUUAGUCUUGCAACAGGCACCUUGUCCAAGAGCACCGGCCUGCAUUGGGAGUGGUAUCUGGGACUUCUAAGCCUCGCAUGCUUCUGGCACUUGCUUCAGGCCCUGUGUCUGCCGAAGGAGAACGAAUAUGGCUCGAUGGCCUUCGCUGAGGCAACCCUUUCCGGCAUGGUCCCCUUCCUUUCGGACAACUUCGACACGCUGAAGGAUGUCAUGUUUGGAGGACUCUGCUGGCAGUCGGAGCGGCCUGCCGUCAAAGCCAUGGCCUGGCUCGCCUGGCUCUACAUCCCGGCGUUCCAUGCGGGUCUCCUGCGGAAGAAGAGGGUGCUAAACGAGCUGGCGGGACACGUCCUAUCGGUGUGGACCAUGGCGACGGAGACUGAAGCUGCCCAGAACCACGAGGCCGAGCGGCCCGACUCCAAGAAAGACGGCUGGUGCAGAAGGAUGUGGCACGACAAGCUGCUGCCCAUUCUGUACCGGCAGACGACUCCCACGAAGCAGCAGAUGCUGCUCGUGGAGAAUGCCCCGCAGGCGAUCAUGGCGGUAGUGUACACAGCAGCAGAAGGCGGAAGUAUGAUCGUGUCAAUCCUCAACAUCACGGUGCCGAUUCUGCAAGUGGUCGGAGGUUGGGCACUCUUCCCACGUCUGCGGGAAGCGGUGACGCCCUGGUUCGUCAAGAAGCUCAAUUCGUCCAUCAAGGAUGGAGAUGAUUUGACUUUGGGACGAAUGUGGAAGGAGGCGGACUUUCAACGUGCUCCCAAGCUCCUGGCUGAUGUCGCGAACGGCCUCUCCAUCUUCGAUGGCUUGCGCUUGAACUCGGAGGACCUGAGAGGGGAGCGGGGACCACGGCACAUCCAGCUCUUGAAGGAAAUCAUGACGCUGGCGACCUCCGCAGACACGCGACUUGCUCUGGAUGACCGGGGCCUGCGCGGCGAUGCGGUGGAGUUCAAGGCCGUGUGCAGCUUCCUGAAGAAGGCGGUCUUUGUGGAGAAGGUCGACCUUUCCAGGAACGACCUCGGAGCAGAGCAGGCUCAGGCCCUGGCUGCUAGCAUCACUACCAACGGCUCCAUCGUCGACUUGAAGCUGCAGGGAAAUUCGUUUGGAACCGCCGGUAUGCAGGAUCUCGCCAAAGAAGCCCUGCGCAUCCGAAGCCUCCGGCAUCUCAACGUCGCUGGGAGCAGCAUGGGCAUGGUUGGCUUCCAGGCUUUGGCUGAGACUCCUUUGGAGUCUCUGGACGUGGGCUCCAACAAGCUUGGGCUGGAAUGUGCUGAGGCGCUCACUGGAGCUCUGUGCAUUCGAAGACUUCGGCACUUCAACGCCGCUGGCAACGGCCUGGGUGCUGCCGGCUUCCAGGCCUUGGCAGAGGCUUUCGCUGGAAGUUCCCUGCUGGAGACUUUGGACGUGGGCUCCAACGAUCUCGGGCCGAACUGCACAGAGGCGCUGAAGAUGGUCCUGAGCAUCGCGACCCUGAAGGACUUCCGAGCCGACCAGAACGCCUUGGCGGGUGCACUCGCCGAGGCGGUCACUGCGUCCCGACGCAGAGACAUCCUCCGCCACCUGAGCGUGGCCGGCAACGACCUGGGCACAGCGGGCUUCCAGGCCUUGGCAGAGGCACUGGUCGAGGCAAAGACGCCCGUGGAGACGAUCGAUGUUGGCUCCAACGGAAUUGGGGAGGACGGCUCCGAGGCCUUGAAAAAGCUGUUGGGCACGACGACCCUCAAGGACUUCCGUGCUGCCCACAACGCCUUGGGGGAUGCGGGGGCGAAGGUCGUGGCAGAGUGCUUCGACUCUGAACGCUGUGCGAUCGAGCGACUGAGCCUCGCGGCCAGCGGCAUUGGCACGGAAGGAUUCGAGGCUCUGGGCUCCACUGAGAGACCUGCAGCUGUUCAGCUACACAUCUCCGGAAACCUGAUGAGCUUGGAAUGGAAGUGCCGGGUACAGGCUGCCGCAGACCUCAGUCGGUGCUUCCAGCUGAUGGACGUGGUGCUGGCACGCCAGGGUGAUGAGUCGACUGCUGCUGACGAAGCCCAGGAGGUGCAGCAGGCUCUCCGAGAUGGCCAAGCCGAGAUCUUUUGGCUAAGACGAGAGGGUUGCAAGGAGCUGGCGGCAGCCUUGCAGGGCCAGUCUCGGCUCCAGGUGUUACAUGUCGAGGGUGGUGAUGUCGAGGCCGUGUUGGAGGCCCUGGAGGGCCACGCCAUGCUGAAGAGCUUGGCACUCUUCAUGUGCAGAUUCGACACGAAGGCCCUCGGCCUCGCCCUGGAUGGAAAGUCUGGUCUUGAGGAGCUGGUCUUACCACACACCGAAAUGAAUCCAGAAAGCAUGAAGGCUCUGGCGCCUGCUCUCAAGGGCCUCGCCGCCCUGAAGGUCCUUGAUCUGGGCUACAACCGUCUCGGGGACGACGGGGCGAAGGCUAUGGCAGAGUCCUUCACGGGCAUGUCCUUGCUCGAGCAGUUGGACCUACAAGAUAACAAGAUCGGUUCACAGGGGGUUCAGGCUUUGGCGCCCGCUCUCAAGGGCCUCGCCACCCUGAAGUCCCUUGAUCUAGCCACCAACGAUCUCGGGGCCAACGGGGCGAAGGCUCUGGCGCCGGCUCUGAAGGGCCUCGCCGCCCUGAAGUUCCUUGAUCUGGGCUACAACCGUCUCGGGGACGACGGGGCGAAGGCUCUGGCGCCCGCUCUCAAGGGCCUGACCGCCCUGGAGGUCCUUAGACUCGGCUGCAACGAUCUCGGGGCCGACGGGGCGAAGGCUCUGACGGAGUCCUUCACGGGCAUGUCCUUGCUGGAGAUUUUGGACCUAUCUGGAAACGAGAUCCGUUUACAGGGUGCUCAGGCCCUGGCGCCCGCUCUCAAGGGCCUCGCCGCCCUUAUGGUCCUUGAUCUGAAUUACAACCAUAUCGGGGACGCCGGAAAGAAGGUUAUGAAGGUUGCGGUCAAAGACCGGCCCUUUCUGACAUUGCAGGCGGAGGACAGGAACCGACGCAGUCGACGACGCAGUGUCACCCCGAGUCGGUUUUUUUGGUCUUAG